GCAGCGGGAGAUGGCCAGGAAGGGCUCGCUGAAGAACGGGAACGUCGGGAGUCCAGUGAAUCAACAGCCCAAGAAGAACAAUGUCAUGGCCAGAACAAGACUGGUCGUCCCGAACAAAGGAUACUCCUCUCUCGACCAGAGCCCGGACGAGAAACCCCUCGUAGCCCUGGACACAGACAGUGACGAUGACUUUGACAUGUCCAGGUAUUCGUCCUCGGGUUACUCAUCAGCUGAGCAGAUCAACCAAGACUUGAAUAUCCAGCUCCUGAAGGACGGUUACCGAUUAGAUGAGAUUCCAGAUGAUGAAGAUCUGGACCUUAUACCCCCCAAGUCCGUUAACCCCACCUGCAUGUGCUGCCAGGCCACCUCCUCCACCGCCUGCCAUAUCCAGUAAUGCGGGAGGUGCCUGUGAUCUGUGCAUUCCACGAUAACUGUAAAUCUUAACAGCCAUUGCUUCCUCCUAUGGUAGGACACGCACCUAUUUGUGUUCAUGGAGCCAGGAGAAACCAAAGCCGACGUCAGUGCGCGGGACGGGGACUAGUGAGGGCAGGGAUACGCGGAGCCCCCCUUAAGCUGCUGCUGACAACACCAUUAUUUUACACCUCAGUGUGACCGCUCAUCCCAGACACGGGGCAGCGGCGAGGGAUCCGAGGUCCGUGGGUUCGCUCUGAUAUCAUUAUGUGGGCUCCAUGCUGGCGGUGACGUCUUUAGUGCACAGGAGACCCCCGCCCCCCAUGUACUGCACAGGUGACCCCCCACAUUCUGCACAGGACACCCCCCAGAUACUGCGCACAUCAUUUGGUUUCUUCUGUCUCCAUGUUUUAUGUUCAUAUUUUACAAGGCGACCCCCCCCCCCCAAAUACUAAAGGUGACCGUGAGUCUGCUAGAGAAGUCGCCCCCACUCAGUGCCCCCCCGGACCCCUAUAUGUUAUGUUGUGCAGCGCCCCCCAGUGCUGGGAGAGGCCGGGUCCUCCGUGGCUCUCCCUUCAGAGAGUAGAGGCGAUGACGAUGGAUUGUGGUGAUAACAACCCCCAUCCUGUAACGUCUGCUGGGAGUAGUGCAUCAGUUUACUCGCUGGACUCGGGGAGGAUUGAUUCGUAGUGCCAUAGUCCGUCCUGGACAGAACACGUAGAAAAUGUCAGGCCGCCAUUGUGAUUGUGGGUCAUGUGAUGCAGGGUCACGCCCUCAAGGUGACUGCGUUCUCUGAAGGUUUCUCCUAAUGACCUGCAGGGGUCGCUAUUGCAGCUGCGGUGUGCGGUUUAGUCAGCGACUAACACAAAAAGUGAGGAGACUUCCAAAUCUCAUUAUUUCUGUUCUCUUAAAACACAAAGAGACGUCUGUAACCCAACGGCGCACCGUCCUGAGGAGGAACCCCGCCCGCCAUCCCAGCAGAGAGCAGCCUCGGGGGGCAGUUAUGUCUAAUGAUGUCACAUAGACCCACGUGUAAUAGCCCCCUCUAGAGGUCAGCGGGGGUAUAUCCUGAUGAUGUCACAUAGAUCCAUGUGUAAUAGCCCCCUCUAGAGGUCAGCGGGGGUAUAUCCUGAUGAUGUCACAUAGACCCACGUGUAAUAGCCCCCUCUAGAGGUCAGCGGGGGUAUAUCCUGAUGAUGUCACAUAGACCCACAUGUAAUAGCCCCCCUAGAGGUCAGCGGGGGUAUAUCCUAAUGAUGUCACAUAGACCCACGUGUAAUAGCCCCCUCUAGAGGUCAGCGGGGGUAUAUCCUGAUGAUGUCACAUAGACCCACAUGUAAUAGCCCCCUAGAGGUCAGCGGGGGUAUAUCCUAAUGAUGUCACAUAGACCCACGUGUAAUAGCCCCCUCUAGAGGUCAGCGAGGGUAUAUCCUAAUGAUGUCACAUAGAUCCAUGUGUAAUAGCCCCCUCUAGAGGUCAGCGAGGGUAUAUCCUAAUGAUGUCACAUAGAUCCAUGUGUAAUAGCCCCCUCUAGAGGUCAGCCGGGGUAUAUCCUGAUGAUGUCACAUAGAUCCAUGUGUAAUAGCCCCCUCUAGAGGUCAGCCGGGGUAUAUCCUGAUGAUGUCACAUAGAUCCAUGUGUAAUAGCCCCCUCUAGAGGUCAGCGAGGGUAUAUCCUGAUGAUGUCACAUAGACCCACGUGUAAUAGCCCCCUCUAGAGGUCAGCGGGGGUAUAUCCUGAUGAUGUCACAUAGAUCCAUGUGUAAUAGCCCCCUCUAGAGGUCAGCGGGGGUAUAUACUGAUGAUGUCACAUAGAUCCAUGUGUAAUAGCCCCCUCUAGAGGUCAGCGGGGGUAUAUACUGAUGAUGUCACAUAGAUCCAUGUGUAAUAGCCCCCUCUAGAGGUCAGCGGGGGUAUAUCCUGAUGAUGUCACAUAGAUCCAUGUGUAAUAGCCCCCUCUAGAGGUCAGCCGGGGUAUAUCCUGGAGAUGUCACAUAGAUCCAUGUGUAAUAGCCCCCUCUAGAGGUCAGCGAGGGUAUAUCCUGAUGAUGUCACAUAGAUCCAUGUGUAAUAGCCCCCUCUAGAGGUCAGCCGGGGAAUAUCCUGAUGAUGUCACAUAGAUCCAUGUGUAAUAGCCCCCUCUAGAGGUCAGCGGGGGUAUAUCCUGAUGAUGUCACAUAGAUCCAUGUGUAAUAGCCCCCUCUAGAGGUCAGCGAGGGUAUAUCCUGAUGAUGUCACAUAGAUCCAUGUGUAAUAGCCCCCUCUAGAGGUCAGCGGGGGUAUAUCCUGAUGAUGUCACAUAGACCCACGUGUAAUAGCCCCCUCUAGAGGUCAGCGAGGGUAUAUCCUGAUGAUGUCACAUAGAUCCAUGUGUAAUAGCCCCCUCUAGAGGUCAGCCGGGGUAUACCCUGAUGAUGUCACAUAGAUCCAUGUGUAAUAGCCCCCUCUAGAGGUCAGCGGGGGUAUAUCCUGAUGUCACAUAGACCCACGUGUAAUAGCCCCCUCUAGAGGUCAGCGGGGGGUAUAUACUGAUGAUGUCACAUAGACCCACGUGUAAUAGCCCCCUCUAGAGGUCAGCGAGGGUAUAUCCUAAUGAUGUCACAUAGAUCCAUGUGUAAUAGCCCCCUCUAGAGGUCAGCCGGGGUAUAUCCUGAUGAUGUCACAUAGACCCACGUGUAAUAGCCCCCUCUAGAGGUCAGCGGGGGUAUUUCCUAAUGAUGUCACAUAGACCCACGUGUAAUAGGCCCCUCUAGAGGUCAGCGGGGGUAUUUCCUAAUGAUGUCACAUAGACCCACGUGUAAUAGCCCCCUCUAGAGGUCAGCCGGGGUAUAUCCUGAUGAUGUCACAUAGACCCAAGUGUAAUAGCCCCCUCUAGAGGUCAGCAGGGGUAUAUCCUAAUGAUGUCACAUAGAUCCAUGUGUAAUAGCCCCCUCUAGAGGUCAGCCGGGGUAUAUCCUGAUGAUGUCACAUAGAUCCAUGUGUAAUAGCCCCCUCUAGAGGUCAGCGGGGGUAUAUCCUGAUGAUGUCACAUAGACCCACGUGUAAUAGCCCCCUCUAGAGGUCAGCGGGGGUAUAUCCUAAUGAUGUCACAUAGACCCAUGUGUAAUAGCCCCCCUAGAGGUCAGCGGGGGUAUAUCCUAAUGAUGUCACAUAGACCCAUGUGUAAUAGCCCCCUCUAGAGGUCAGCGGGGGUAUAUCCUGAUGAUGUCACAUAGGCCCACGUGUAAUAGCCCCCUCUAGAGGUCAGCGGGGGUAUUUCCUAAUGAUGUCACAUAGAUCCAUGUGUAAUAGCCCCCUCUAGAGGUCAGCCGGGGUAUAUCCUGAUGAUGUCACAUAGAUCCACGUGUAAUAGCCCCCUCUAGAGGUCAGCGGGGGUAUAUCCUGAUGAUGUCACAUAGACCCACGUGUAAUAGCCCCCUCUAGAGGUCAGCGGGGGUAUAUCCUAAUGAUGUCACAUAGACCCACGUGUAAUAGCCCCCUCUAGAGGUCAGCGGGGGUAUAUCCUGAUGAUGUCACAUAGAUCCAUGUGUAAUAGCCCCCUCUAGAGGUCAGCGGGGGUAUAUCCUGAUGAUGUCACAUAGACCCACGUGUAAUAGCCCCCUCUAGAGGUCAGCGGGGGUAUAUCCUAAUGAUGUCACAUAGACCCAUGUGUAAUAGCCCCCCUAGAGGUCAGCGGGGGUAUAUCCUAAUGAUGUCACAUAGACCCAUGUGUAAUAGCCCCCUCUAGAGGUCAGCGGGGGUAUAUCCUGAUGAUGUCACAUAGACCCACGUGUAAUAGCCCCCUCUAGAGGUCAGCGGGGGUAUAUCCUAAUGAUGUCACAUAGACCCAUGUGUAAUAGCCCCCCUAGAGGUCAGCGGGGGUAUAUCCUAAUGAUGUCACAUAGACCCAUGUGUAAUAGCCCCCUCUAGAGGUCAGCGGGGGUAUAUCCUGAUGAUGUCACAUAGACCCACGUGUAAUAGCCCCCCUAGAGGUCAGCCGGGGUAUAUCCUGAUGAUGUCACAUAGGUCGAUGUGUAAUAGCCCCCCCUAGAGGUCAGCGGGGGUAUAUCCUGAUGAUGUCACAUAGGCCCACGUGUAAUAGCCCCCUCUAGAGGUCAGCGGGGGUAUUUCCUAAUGAUGUCACAUAGAUCCAUGUGUAAUAGCCCCCUCUAGAGGUCAGCAGGGGUAUAUCCUAAUGAUGUCACAUAGAUCCAUGUGUAAUAGCCCCCUCUAGAGGUCAGCCGGGGUAUAUCCUGAUGAUGUCACAUAGAUCCACGUGUAAUAGCCCCCUCUAGAGGUCAGCGGGGGUAUAUCCUGAUGAUGUCACAUAGACCCACGUGUAAUAGCCCCCUCUAGAGGUCAGCGGGGGUAUUUCCUAAUGAUGUCACAUAGAUCCAUGUGUAAUAGCCCCCUCUAGAGGUCAGCCGGGGUAUAUCCUGAUGAUGUCACAUAGAUCCAUGUGUAAUAGCCCCCUCUAGAGGUCAGCGGGGGUAUAUCCUGAUGAUGUCACAUAGAUCCAUGUGUAAUAGCCCCCUCUGGAGGUCAGCGGGGGUAUAUCCUAAUGAUGUCACAUAGACCCACGUGUAAUAGCCCCCUCUAGAGGUCAGCAGGGGUAUAUGGACGUCUAUUGAUUUUCCUGCACCUCGCCCACAAUCGGCACGUCUCAGCACCGCCAUCUGAAAAGUGGACAAUCCCUUUAAGACCCUCCAUGAUCCUGCUGGCGAUGCUACCCUGGUUUAGUAAUGGGGGAGGGGUACAUACUUUUGGCCGCUCACCGUCCGCCCCCUCUUUGUAUUUCCGCUCCCAUCGCUGUAUUCCGUACUCAUGAUGUAGGAUACGUUCUGCCUUAACCCUUGUCGAGCUGGGACACUGGAGAGCGCCCCCUGCAGGUCUGGAACUGUCUCGGCUCCUCGGCCUGGGCGAGGGGUGGCACAGAAGGGGUUAAAUGUUGUUUUUCUGAUUUUGCGUUGUAUUAUUUAUUCCGGGAUAUUCUGUAAACUUGUAUAAUAUGUUUUUUUAACAUUUCCAUCGCAGUAUUUCUCAGUGUUCCUGGUGUGUGUAGUGUAACAUGACGAUAUUAAAGCAUAUCUACCGA